GUCGUUGGGGUCAUUGAUGUUCCUGCGGUUGCCUGGCCUGUAUUCCUUUGUAAACUCUGCUGGAGGUGUCGACUCAACGCCCGUUUAUCAAACGCUCUUCCUCCACCCACGUGGCCACCGUUAAUCUGACACACUGCACAUGUUGACUGAUUUCGGCCAUGGGAACAGUCCUGCCUGACGCUGUGCUGCCGUGCCAGCUGAGGGAUUCUUGUGACAAGAUGCUCAACUUUCCCCUCCGUUUCAUUUCUCCAUUGGUGACAGUUGCUGUGCUUACUGCUGUAACAAAGGAUGUUGAAAGCCAGCAGAUUCCAAAAGAUACUGAGACUUUCACCCCACGACCUGUUUAUCCUGCUGUCAGAUUUCAGGUCCUAAAUGUUGAUCAUGUGGUAUUGAGGCAAGACAGUCCUGGGCAACAAGGGAACUCCAGCCUGAAGGCUCACACACAGACUUUCCUUGUCACAGAUCCAGGUGCAGGUCUACUCCAGCCAGCUCUCAAUGCCUCAUAUGGUCCCCUGAAGGUAGACGCCCCCAUUCCACUAGAGUUACUGCUCGCUGGACGCAGGAUUGUACCGGUUAUUUUAGGCCGACAAGUGCGUUCCUCAUCCCCGGUCGUCAAGAUCCUCUUCCACAUGCCUGACGAAGGUGAUGGAGCUCAGGAAAAGCUAGAGAAUAGAGCUCAUUGUGUGACAGCUUACGCCUUCUGGGGGACGAGGGAAGUCCGUGGUGCAUGUUUGGUAUCACCGGGUCGAUUCUGUGUGGCGCAACUAAAGCCUGAACCAGCUUGGUUCAGCUCAUCCAUUCGACCUGGCAGCUCAAGCAAAGAGACGGGACGAAACGAUGCCACAAAACAGGGCAAUGUUGUGGAGGUCUACUUCCAGAGUCGGAUAGACCAGACAGGCCAAUGUACACCACAGGACAGCCUGCAACGAGUAGGAGUAGGGAGAGCAGGAGUCCAGGAAGGGUCGGGGACACCCUUGAGGAGGAUAGGAACCGUUAACCUGCUUAAAGCUCCAGCUGGGAAUACAACCAUUUUUCGUCUAAGGCUAGGGGGUGCUAUGGUCAUCCAGGCUUCCUCUAAGCCCCUCAAGAUGAAUGAUGUUGUGACUUUUAAUGUCUUGCUAUCAAGUACCUCUACCUUGGACAGUUUCACACUUAGGGCGACAGUCAAGCCAGGAUUGUCAUUCAGUGGUGUGCGGCCUAGCGAUCCGACGCUAUGGGACGUCAAGACAGAGCCAGGGAAAGUCGGCAUCGCCAACACAGUCUCGGUUUUUUGCCAGAGAAAGGUUACAGUCACAGCAAAAAGGGGUCUUGUAGAAGUUCUCCAAUUGGACUUUGUGCCAAAGGACAUCUCUGAGCUGGUUGAGACUCACACAAUUUCCUGGAGACUGGAUCAGCCAGGGAACGUCAGGGAUGUGGGCCAGAUGCGGAUCUACACCACCCAGAGAGACUAUGUGGGACUGGCUCCUUUGGUGAUGAGUAGCGAUAUGCUUAAUACAGCUAUCCUAACAGGCAAAGUGGUCAAAGUGCCUGUGAAAGCUUUGGCUGUAGAGGCCAACGGCUCCACAAAUGACGUGAGCAGCCUAACCAGCUGCAGGUCUACGGACAAAGAGGUGAUCAAGGUGUCUGAGCGUUGCGACUACGUGUUCGUCACGGGCAAGGAGUCGAGAGGGAAGAGCCGAGUGGUGAUCAACUUCACUUACGGUUUUUUGAGUGCCCAGCUGGAGAUGAGCGUGUGGGUGCCCCGCCUGCCGCUGCGCAUUGACGUGGCAGACUCUGAGCUCAACCAAAUCAAGGGAUGGAGAGUCCCUAUUAACCCCAGCAACCGAAAACCCACUUGGAAUAGUGAAGAGGAGGAAGAGAUGCGUAAAGGCAGGGGUUGCAUGCUGCAGUAUCAGCACUCCACCCUGAGGGUACUCACACACUUUGAGGCCGACUCAGAUUUGGUACCAGACUUGUUGACUGGAGCAAAGACGCUUGAUUAUUUCCUGGGUCCUGAUUGGCAGGUCGACGUGACCAAUCUAGUGCGCUAUUCACUAAAAGUGGCAGACCCAGACGUGGCCAGGAUUCAGGAUGGAGAUGUGCUGCAGGGGCGAGCUGUUGGCACCACUACUAUUCAGGUAAUCUCCCCACUCACAUCAUCAGUCCUCGCUGAGAAGGCCAUCACAGUAGUGGAUGAAAAAGUAAGCGUGACGGAACUCGGGGUAAAGUUGGUGUCUGGACUCUCACUGUCCCUGCAGCCAUGCCCAGGGAGCAACAGUGCCGUUGUUGCCUUGGCAACUAUACGUGAGACGAUCACACAGCUCAAACAGGAAGCUACCGUCAGUUGCUGGGUCCAAUUCAGCGAUGGCGCUGUCGUCCCACUGGAAAUCUUCGACCGCAGUAUCUACUCCUUAACAAUCUCCACUCUGGACGAGACCAUGGCAACUGUACGCCGCACGCCGCAGUCCGUGUUUGUGGUGGCAAAAAAUGAAGGUGAGGGCCAGGGGGCCGUCGUCAAAGUGGAGCUAAGGAUAUGCGAGGAAUGCCAGAAGUCCAAGAGGAAGAGCAAGCUGGCGGUCGGUACGGGGCUUCUGCGGAUGAACUUCAAGGGCGGUGGAAGGGUUUUUGGAAGAACCGACGGACCUGGAAAAGAGAAAAAACAAGAUUAUAGUGGAGGUGGUUCAGAAAUAUCAGGAGAGGUUAAAACAACUGUCACAUCACAGCGAUUUGUCUCAGAUGAAAGAACAUUACCAGGAACUGACACCUCAACCAUACCGUUAGACAGAACUGUUGGAACACGCGUUGCUUGGAGAGGAACAACCAGCAAAAGUACACAAAGUUCUCAAUUCAUGGUCACUGGUACUUCCACUGUGAGUAUUGCAAGAUUCCCGGGCACUGUCAAACCAACAGAUAUGACACCUGGUGAUAAAGAAGGACAGAAGAGCGGCUUUGGCAACAUGCUUGACAAUCCAAAUUCACCCCCAAACAAAAGCAUUCGUAGAGCAGAUUUCUCUCCCAAGAAAGAGCCUCCUAAAGUUAUAUCCCCCAAAGUCAUUGAGGGUGACUUAAUUCGCACAUUUCGAUCCAUGUCCGACUUGGAAAUAGGCAUCUAUUCAUUAGUGGGGGUGUUGGUUAUAGCUAUCUUAGGAUUUUUGCUUAACUGCGCUUCAUAUAGGUUUUGUUUCCGUAAUCACAAGACCCCUAUACAAGCAGGACCGACUCAAAGUGGGGACCCAAAAAAUCAUAAGCAUGACUGGGUGUGGCUAGGGAGCAACAAUCAGCACCCUGCGUCUCAGGGUGCACCUACUCAAGUGUCAACACUGACCCGCCGUUCAGCCGACUCCAAGGGUCACCGCAGCACAGAGAGCCCUCUGCCUGCCGUGGGAGCAAGUGUCGUUGGCCUCCCUGAAAGAACUGCUACCUUGGGGCGCAGCAGAACAGGCUCCCAGCAGCAGAUACACAGAAAGGUCAUCGAUCCCAUGGUGAACCGUUCAGCCACCCUGCUGGCAAGGCCUCACCGCAAUGAGCCUCUCCACUCCCCCACUAGUAAAAGGAACCAGGUUCAGUUCACUACCUUUACUACAUUGGACAUCAAGCAUUUGGCUGCACUGAAAAAGAACGGCCAGGACUUUAACUGCAACAACCAACAACAGGUGCAGCUACAGCAGCAGAUGCCCCCGCCUGAGCCACAGAUACCAUUACCUGACAUGCCAUGGCCGGUUGUUAAACCCCUUGGAGAACCCCAGUAAGUUUUAGGGGCAUCCCGACUAAAACCGCAGAAAAAUGUACAGUAUUUAUCUAUCAUUCCAUUUUCCUCUUGCAAUGAGGGUUGAACUGAAGCCUACCCUCAGCUGACAAUGAACUGAAGUAAGACCUUGACCGAUCGGCAAUCAAUCCCAGAACAUAACCAUUCACACUCACACUGAUGGGGAGUUUAGACUCUAUGAACCUACCAUGCUUUUUUCUGAAAAGCUCAAGUACGUAUGUACUAACCCAUACAGGACGGAAAUAGCUUUUGUAGACAUGCUAACCAAUUACACACAGAAAUAUGCAAGUCUGUGAAUACAGAUGGUGCAUCAAUACAACACAACAGUCUCUAUACCUGCAAAAUGGGUAUGCAAAUACAGAAAAACUUAUUAUGGAACAUUUGUAUAGACAUUGCAGAUCAAUCAUGACAGAUUGAAUAUAGGAGAGCUUAUUUUUUUGUUGUUACUGUAUUUUUUGGAGUCUCCCCAGAACUCUCGUGGACCUUGUGCAAUUGGUCAGAGAGUAUGCAAUAUUUGUUAUGUUAAUUUUAGCAAUCUGUCACAGUAACAUCCAAGAAAUAUCUAUGGAAAUGAAAGUAUGUUAUGCAAAUAUAUUCUUUGCAGAGUUUUGUAAUUAAUUUUGGGAGAAGUUCCCCCCCUUUUUCCCUCUAGCGGUCUGAUGAUAUUGUAGGUAAUGGUUAUUGUCUAACCUUGUUGUCUCUAGAAAGAAAACAAUGCAUAUUUAACAGCUUUUAUAUGUACAUAUAAAUAUAUUCUGAUGACUUUUAUAUGUAGUCUCAUUAUUUUGAAUAAGAAUAGCAAAGUUAUGUGUGAUUCCUGGGAGAUCUUGCCAAUAAAUCGCAAAUAGAUAUACAGUUUUUGUUCUAAGUGACAUUUGGUUUCAUUCAGUCAUUCUUUUAAAAGCUUUUCCAUAGCGGAGUCAUUCACAUUAAUGCCACGUCGUGAAUGAUUUGGAUUAUUGGCUAAAGCUCUGCGAUGAAUCAGUAGGAUUUGAUUAUUUAAUUACUAUUGAAUGGGAUUUAAAGAUGAUGUCAUUAUUCAGUGGAAUGAACUUUGCCAAUAUUAAAUCUGUUGCAAUUUAAUGCUGCGUAGAGAAGAAUCGAGACCAGAGGAAAUAAUUAAAGGUGCUGCAUUUCAAGGGCUAUUAUUCAAUAAACCAUUGAUACCUCUUUUAUUCUCCACGGCUGCACUUCUCAGGUUGACAUCCCCAGAGCUUUGCUGCAUUUGCUAAAGAAAACCCACAUCAAGUGACAUUCUGCACAUUAGAAAUUGAGCGGAACAACAUGUGCUCUUCUUUAUACUCCACGGAGUGCUAGUUAUGAAAUUUUUUGCUCAAACAUCUAUAGGUAAAUGGUGUUUCAAAGCUUGUCUAUAUGUUUAAAUGCUGUGCAGUGUAUCACACAGCUGAACAACUAUGUAAGGGCAUACAUGGUCAAGCCUAAUAUGUUUUUAAAAAAAAAAGUCAAAAGAAGUUUUUACUAUUGUAAGUAUAUUUUGUUGCAAUUAUUUAAUUGUUGAAAUAAAAAUAUAUACUAUACAUCUAAAUACAUGUUGAAAUAUUUGUGUCAUUAUAUCAGAGGUUAACAACAAGAGCACAAACAGGCACGUAGAUGUAUACAAGUAAGGUUUAAGAAGAUUUUUGCUAUUUUCUUUUCUUGAUUGUCUAUAUCUCUUGAUUUGUUGCGCAUUUCCUGCACAGUGGUGCAAAUCAACCAUUUAUCGGACCAUGGACUUUGAAUUCAAUGGGCAAUAAUACAAUGUCACAAUUAUAUUUUAUGGUCCAAUGAAACCCAGUUUGAACCUAAUUUGUGAAUGUUUAACUUCCUGUAAUUUUUUAAAACACUGGUACUUAGGAGGGAAAAACCGUGGCUGCUCAUGUUCCUCAUAUCAAAACAACCACUGUAAAUACUGCAUGUUUUACAAAGUCAAGCAAGGUGGUUACAACAUAAAACAUGCAUUAAUGAUACUAUAAGCACAAAACCUUCAAGCUUUCACUGGAAAGCAAAAAAAUAACACAGAACUUUAUUUAGAUUGAAUUAGAGGCACUUUAAAUGGUGGCAGUUUUUAUGUGAUACAAUACCUGGCAUUCAAACAAUGUUGCAUAGAAUUUUUAAUCCCUGCAAUUUGCUAACGUCCCUGAAAUGCUCUUAGGUGAAUCCUGAUUCAUAUUCAAGGGUACUCUUUCUGUGGCAUCUAACUACCUUUCAUAAACAGUUCAAUAUAUAGAAAUCACAGUCAAGACAAGCAAAGUAUUUAAGUGAAAACAACAGAAGUUGAAUCUCAGUAUCAUCGCAGAAGCUUCUCUAAUCUGGAGCAUCAGCUCCCCUAUUGACAGAUUUAAGGGGAUUGGGGUCAUUGUGUUGCGGGAUUAGUGAUGCAUUACUGGGCCAUCUUUAUGGCAGUUUCAUGAUCAUACAGCCAAAGAGUCAUUGUACAUACAGUAUCUCUGGAGGCUUCUUUCACACACGGAAAAAUUCUGUUAGUUAAAAAACAAAAAUACAAUAAAAUCGAUUCGGGUACAUAUGGCUUUCAUUAUACAGUGGUACAUCUACAUGCACAUUUAAUUUGUUCCAGGACCUGGUUUGUAUGUCAAAAUGGUUGUAUGUCGUGCGUGAUUUCCCAUAAGAAUACAUUAUAAUGCCAUUAAUUCGUGAAACCUAUGCCAAAUCCAUAAUAAAUACUACAGGUACAAUUACAAAUAGCAAUUACACAUAGAUUACACAUAGCAAAAAAAUUGGAAAUUAUAAAUUCACAUCGGAAUAAUAAUAAAAAUAAAAAUGUAACGAAUUG